CACUCCGACUCAGUUAUCAUAAAAAGAACGAAGAAAUGGGAAAAACGUUCACUCUCAUUCAAACGGUUGCUACCGCCGCUGCCUUCUCCGCCGUGUCUUACUGGUAUGGAUUCAUGUUUGGCAGAGAGUCGGCUCGUAAAGAACUGGGAGACUUGAUCGAAAGUCUUCGCCGUGAUGAUUCAAACUCCUCGUCUUCCUCACCUCCUUCGCAUUCUUGAUCGGUAUUUCCAGUUCUCCGACCUAGAGAAUUUUCUUUCGAAUAUGAUAUGAUUGAUUAGCGGCAUAGAAAAACACCUGCAUUGCCUUUUUUUUUUUCUCAUUUGUAAGGGUGGGGUUUGAUUAGAGGAAAGUUGGCUACUUUGGUAGGAAGGAGAUUCCCACGUUUGGUAUGCUACAUUCACGGCAAUAUGAUUUUACCACGGGGAUGUGGGAAAGUUAUAGUCAUUGGGCGCAGUUACUGUAGCUCUCUCACUCUCCCCAUCUCUUUCUCUCAAAAUUGAAACCCUAGCCGCACCGCGUUCCCCUUCAUUUCUACCGGGAAUUUGGCAGGAGAAGCUCGUUGGAAACUCUAGUCUACUUUAAAGCUGGAAUAUUCCAUUUCUUAUUGAAAAUCAAGUAAUUUGAGCCUAUCUCUUUCUAUGCAUCUUUGUUUAUAGAUCUCUUUCUAUCUCUGGCUGCGAUUUUUUGUUUUGUGGUAUCUCUGGUUUUCUUUCAAAUCUUUUUGUGGUUUUUUUUCCCCUUUUUUUCUGUUUACGAGUGAAGUGAACACUGUUUUUGACUUUUCUGUUUUAUAUUUAAAAUGCUUGGAGCUUUAUUCAAAUUGUCAGGCCUUUUUUUCCUUGUUUGAAAUUUAGGAGAGCAAGUUGUUGGGAAGACAAAACUUGAUGCAGGAUGCCUCUUUCAUUUUCCUUUUCCUAUUGGCGCCUCUAGUUUUAGGGUUUAGGGUUUAGUGAUAAAAAUAAUAAAUUUUGUUUUGUUCAACUAAAACUUUGGGUCUGAAAUGAAUGUUUAAUCUGUCUCUUGUUUAGUUCCCAUCAAGGAAGGAUUCUCACAAGAGCAAAUUGCUAUGCUCGCGACUGUUAUAGCAUUGGCUAUAAGGAUUCAGAAUAUGAUGUUGAUUAUCACUUUUUGUGUUGCUUCUUAUUAUAAGAGAUUCACCAAAAUAGAAAGCCUAAAAGAUCCAACUAUAGUAAUUAUGAGAAACAUCCCAUUAAAAGAAAGGUGUUUGAAUCUGAUUCGACUUAAGCAGUUCAUGAAGCUUUGAGCAAAAUUCUAGUUGAAGAAGAUGAGCGAAAUGUUUAAUGCAGAAGAUCUGGGCAAAGUCAAAGUUUGUCACUCGGAUCCCAGAUGGAAAUGGAGAAACCUUCAAUGGUGCAGCUACAAGAAAUAAGCUGCUUAGGGAGACAUCCAUUCUUCAAAGGAGGGUUAGAACUAGAAAAUGUCAAGAUGACCCAUUUUUACGCACAGUAGAGAAACUGGGUGAGAUAUGUCAGGGUCUAAGUGUUGAGCUUGGUAGAUUGGUUAAUAACUUUGAGUUCAUGGCUGAUGAUGCACUGCAGAAAGGGAAAGUGUAUGAUAUCGUAUCUAAGAUUGAUGGACUUGGGGAGGAAGCAGUCAUAAAGGUUGGAGCUAUUAUAACCGCUGAUACUGUGAAAACUAAUUACCACUUUUUACUUCCUGAUGAUUUCAAAUAACUUUUUGUGAGGAUGCUACUAGGUGGAUCCCAGUAGAUAUGUUUGGGUUUUAGAGAUUGAGGCAUGAAUUAGUGCUUUUGUAUUAGCUAUUAACUGUUAAAAGUUAGUACUUUAGGGCUGAUAUUUUUAGGACUUUUAUGUCUUUGAUGUUUGAGAGCUAUUAACAUGAGGCCAGUUUGGUACUGUAGUACUGUGACUUAUUUGCUGUUUUCAUAAUUUGGAAGGACCUUCAAUUUGUUCGCUUCACAUUUUGUCAAAUUUGUUGAUUGAGCUGAAUGCUAAUUAGGAACUUCUGAUUUCAUUUUUCUUUGUGCAACAACAUGCCAAGGUGGCUUAAUUUACAUAUUUUAUCUCGAAAUGUGUUAACCUGUUCUUUUGCUUCUGUCUCAUUUGAAUAUCUCGAACUUACUGCUUCAGUUACAUGGCAAUGCUGAAUGUCUAAUUAAUGGUGCGUGGAUUUUUUUUUUCUUUUCAAAUACUAUCUUGAUGAAUGUCCAAAUUAUAAACUUUUCAUCUGGAUUGUGGCAUAUUCAGCUACAUGGGAGCAUCAAGUAAGCUGUGAGUGAAUGAUUUUCAUCCUCAAGGCUUGGAAAUCGCCAAAACUUAAGGAAAGUCCUGUUGAUACUGAGAACAUGGUUAGGAGUGCUCCCCUGGCCUGCACUGGCUGCGUGCUUCAUGUCUUGUAGCUUUUUGUAGACAAGGUUUUUUAAAAAACUCUGGGCGUAUUGGGUUCACUGUAUGAAAACUAUCUUCUAUGGGUGAAGGAAUUGUUUGAAACUAA